AAUAAAGCGUGCUUACCACCUGCUUUUCUCAUUUUUAUAUAAAAAGCGUAGCUCACUUUACUUGACUUUAAUACUUUAAUGCCCCAAAUCGAAAACCCAUAAACACGCCACCGGCAGAUCUGAUCCUCCGAGCUAAAAUCCGUCCACAUCCUCGCCGUCCGAUGGAAUCCUCGCCGGUUACGGAAAUCAGAGACGACACGGAAACUCCGAUUAAGUUCGGCACGAAGAUCCAAAUAACAGCGCUGGACGGAAUCAUAAACGUGAACUCCCUGUUCACGUUAGCAGUCUUCGUCGGCCUCACCUGGGACCCCCGCGACAUCAACAACCGGCUCUUGAACGACCCACUCUGCAUCGCCGGCCCCAAGGUCACCGAGGACCUUGUCUCCUUCCACGUGUACUCCUUCAGCUCCUUCCUCUUCUCAAGCCUCAUCGCAAUGGCCCUCAAGCAGGCCAUCAAGUUGGGCAUCAUGUCCCGUUAUCGGACCCUAUUGACUUUCGACUUGGCCGUUAUCAACCAGACGGCGCUUCGGGUCGGGUACCUGGUGUCGGCGGCGGGUUCGGUAUCCGGGUGCGUGUGCUUGAUGUUGGCUUUGGUGAAUGUGGUUCAGAUCAAGCUGGGGACGCUGUCGUGUGCGAAUUCUCAUAUUAGCUAUGGUGCUGUUGUUCCUCUUGUCAUCUUGGUUCCCUCUGGGCUUUUCAUUUAUGUGUGCUCUGUUUUGUAUGCUUUUACUCGCUAGGGUUUGUGUGUUGAAAAACUAAAAUAAUUCAAGAUGGUUUUUUUUGUAUGAUUUGAGAAUAUUUGUAGAUGUUUGUAUGCAGUAAUUAUGUUAAAAUUUAAGCAGAUAGUGUGUGAAUA